AUGCUCUCCUAUUCAGGCUCCGGCACCUGCUAUUGGAGGAUCAAAUCGCCUAACAACGGGCGAAUCCGGGUUCAAAUAACGUCGCUACGCUAUGCAUGCGCUCUGAGCUGCGAGCAAUUUGUCGAGUUCAAAUACGGACUCUCGCUAGCGGCCACCGGUGCUCGAAUGUGCUGCUCGCCUACUGUAACCCAGUUCCUGAGCGACGGUCACUAUGUUAUCAUCAUUUCCACGGCAUCUCAAGCUUCACAGUUUGUGAUACAGUACAGAAAUGAGGGAGGAACAACGGCCCCUCAAAGAUCUCCACCACGCCCAGCGACUACAGUAUUUGUUGGAAGGUGGUCCGGUUGGGGCGGUUGGUCUGCCUGCACGGAAAAGUGUGGCGCAUGCGGGGUACGCUCCAGAAUUCGAAGCUGUUUGUCGGGCAGGUGCAGCGGUUCAUCCCGAGAGACGCAGACGUGUAAUUUGAAUGCGUGUGCCCGCGGGACGACAGUCAGUGGAGGAGGAGCACGAGGAUCGAGGAGGGGGAAAAGGCAGAUCGACAUGGCCGGGAAUGUCGUAGAGGAGGAAGAGGAAAAGGAAGAGCACGAGGAGGAGAGUCAUUUGGGACACUCCGCUACAUUGCUCAUGACGGCCAUCCGCCAAAAGCGAAACGCCAACUACUGGUGCUGCGAGAGGUAUCUGGCAAAAGGAAGUGUCUGUGUCCACGUC